AAUAUUAAAUAAUAUUACUGUAUGUUCAAUAUAAUUAAAAAGAUAAAAAUAUUAAAAUUAAAUUUAUUACUAAAAUAUAAUAUCUUAGUCUGACAUUUUUUUUUUCGUCCAGUAUAUUUAAAAUUUAAAAGAAUGGGCGGAGGACGUGGAAAUAAAAUGAUAAAUUAUAUCAACUACAGGAUGAGAAUUACCUUCCAGGAUUCUCGAUCCUUCAUAGGAACCUUUAAGGCAUUCGAUAAGCACAUGAAUGUGAUAUUAGGCGAUUGUGAGGAAUUCAGAAUUAUUAAAACGAAAGAUGAAAAUCAACCUGAGAAGGAAGAAAAGCGCACUUUAGGAUUGGUUUUGCUUAGAGGAGAAAAUAUCGUCUCUGUUACAGUUCAUGGCCCUCCUCCUCCAGAAGACAGUAGGCCAAAAGUUCCUAUUGCUGGUGUUGUUCCACCUGGACCUGGAAUGGGUAGAGCUGCUGGCAGAGGUAUUAUUCCACCAAUGCCGGGUGCACCACCAAUGAUGGGCCUUCAAGGUCCUGUGGCUGGAUUAGGUGGUCCACCACCACAAAUGAUGAUGCCACAAGCAAGAGCUGGUCCACCUCCAGGCAUAGGAAUGUGAAUUAAUUAUAUAUUAUCAUUUAUAUUCAUUUAUUGUAAAUUUUGUAUAAUUAUAGUAGUACCAUACUUUAUGAUAUUAAAUUAGUUAAUAAAAGCAAUCUAUUAUUUUAAAUUAUAUAUAGAAUGGCCAUUUAAAUG